AUGGAACAACAAUGUGGUUGUGAAUGUUUGAGGAAUGGAGAUGUUGUGAAUGAAGACAGAAUCAGUGAGUUGGAUGAAGAUCUGCUUGUGCAUAUAAUAUCUUCUCUUCCGACAAAAAGUGCCGUAGCCACGAGUGUUUUGUCUAGACGUUGGAGACAUGUUUGGAAGACGGUGCAAAAUCUCAAGUUUGUUUCUAUUAAGUAUCACCGUACCUUUACAGAGGAUGUUUACAAAUUUUUUCUGUUACAUAAAGCUCCGUUUCUAGAGAGUUUGCAUUUGGAAAUUAGAGAUAGAUAUGGUGCUUCGAAUGUUGGAAUAUUGCUCGUAAUUGCAUUCGCACGCCAUGUGCGUAACUUGGUACUGGAUUAUGUUGGCAGUUUAUUCUGUUUUCCGAGUGUUUUCUGCAUUGAUAAUAAUACACUCGAGUCCUUGGAACUCAAAAACUCCGUUAUUUUGGAUUUUCCAUCUCGGGCUUGUUUGAAGUCCCUAAGAAAGCUGCACCUUUACAAAAUACAUGUCCAUAACGAAGACUCUUUUUGCAACCUUUUAUGCGGAUGUCCUAAUCUUGAAGAUUUGGUACUUCAUGGAGGCGAAACUUACCUUGGGACUGUCACUAUUGCGGUGCCAUCAUUACAGAGACUAACCAUAGAUAAAGAAAAUAACUAUGGAGGUGGUGAAGGUUAUGUGAUAAAUGCCCCUGCUUUGAAAUACUUGAACAUCAACGGGCUGUUUUAUUUUGAGUAUUUUCUGAUUGAGAAAGCGCCAAAGCUGGAGGAGGCAAAAGUCAGUGACGUUUCUAAGAUAGACAAUGAGAACAUUAUGGAAUCACUAACCUCAGCCAAACGUCUUUCCUUACAGUUGUCACCCUUCGAGAUCAAGUUUCCUAGUGGUAGCAUUUUCCAUCAGCUAGUAUAUUUGGAUCUGCAUACAAAUAAUAGGAAGUGGUGGAAUCUACUUUCGUUCAUGCUUAAUGCUUCUCCUAAGUUGCAAAUCCUCAAGCUCACCGACCUAGAUAUGUCUUCUAACAAAGGAAAUCGGAUCGGCCAAAAAUGGAAUCAGCCGAAAUGUGUACCCGAAUGUUUGUUGUUCAAUCUUGAGACAUUCGUAUGGAUAGGACACGAAUGGCAACGAAAAGAUGAGAAAGAAAUUGCCACAUACAUCUUAAGAAACACAAGACGGUUGAAGAAAGCAACUUUCUCCACAAAACCCAUCGAACCGGAAAAGCUCAAAAAAUUGGAAAAGAGACGUAGGAUGCUCGACGAGUUGGCGAAUGUGGACAGGGCUUCAAAUUCAUGUCAUUUUGUGUUUGAAUCCAUGUAA